AUGGACAGUGAUGAUUCCUCAAGUGAUAACUCUAGUGACAAGGAAGUUGCACACAUUUGUCUCAUGGCUCUAGAAGAGGAUAAACCAGAAAGCUCUCAACAAAGAGAAAUCAAUACUGAGGUAAAUAAUUCUGACUCUCUUAGUAUUGAAGAUUAUGAAGAUGCAUUUGCCAAAUUGUAUGAAGAAUACAAAGUUUAUAAGAAAAAAUGUUUUGUUUUAAACAAAGAAAUUGCUUCCUUAAGAUCAGAAAAUGAUUCUAUGAGCAUUAUUGUGCAAGAAAAUAAGUUUUAUAAAAAUCAAAUGCUCUUAUUUGAUGAGUUGAAUAAGGAGUUAGAAGAUUCAAAAAUUACUUAUGAAAAACUCAUUGAGAAAAAUAGGAUUUUAGAAACUAAGGUAUGUCUUCAAAGUAAGCAAGAGUGUGAACAAUGGUAUGUUGAUAAUGCUUGCUCAAAAAACAUGACUGGAGACAAAGAAAAAUUCUCAAACCUUAUUUUAAAAAGUAGUGGACAUGUGAGAUUUGGAGACAAAGGCAAAGCCUACAUCAUUGGAAGUGGCUCUAUUGGGAAAAAUCCAAGCAUAAAGGAUGUCGCAUUAGUUGAAGGUUUGAAAUUCAAUCUUCUUAGUGUAAGUCAAUGUUACAUUUUGAACAACAAGAAGGAUAACCUAAAAAAGUUUGAUGUAAAAUCAGAUGAAGGUAUUUUUCUAGGAUAUUCAAUGCAUAGCAAAGCUUAUAGAGUCUUUAAUAGGAGAACUUUGUUAGUUGAGGAAACUAUUCAUGUUGUAUUUGAUGAAACUAAUAACUUCUUGGAAAGAAAGAUUGUUUGUGAUGAUGAUGAAUGA